AUUGUUUUAAAUUGAAUGUUUUAUUUUACUAGAACACGUGCUCGACGAGUUCCCCGUUUCCUUUCAUGGUCUCUCUCUGUUUUCCGACUGUCCCUGAAGUUGUCUGGGUCCACUAGUACGAUUGAAUGGGUUUGUUGUUUCACUUCAUCUUUACACUCAAACCUGUGCUAUUUUGGAGUCUUAUAUAAUUUCUACAAUACCGAGUGAUCAUUUUGGAUGCGGGUGUCGGCCCUAACUGUCAAUUUCCCCAUAUUCUAACGUAAUAGAACAGGGUUGUGUUAGCUGGUUAGCUAGCUGCUAGCAACCCCUUUUUGUUUGAAUGGUCGACGAUCUCAAUGAAUUGGAUCAGUUCCUGUAUUCCACAACGAAAGUAACGUGUGAGAUAGUUUAAUAACAUUAUUGUUUCAAAAUGGACCUUAAUUUUUAUGCCGGGCUGUCGGAUGGAUGUGCUCAAAAUGUUGACCCGGAGUUUUUGGACAGCCAAGCGUAUGGUACAUACCCCGAAGGAAACAAGUUUUCCGAGGGCAGCGAUAGUUAUCUCGCCAUUGGUGGUGCUGCUCAUCACUUUUUGACCGCUGAGCAAACCUUCCACACUCCAAGUCUCGGGGAUGAAGUUUUCGAGAUCCCCCCCAUUUCACUCGACCCAGACUCGUCCCUCAGCCUUAAUGACACCGUGUCCCACUUCGAGUUAGCUGACGGGUCAGGGGGCGCCGUGGGACCUCCAGCUGCUCGGAGCCUCGUUAGCAACCUGGUGGUGGAGGCGAAUGAUCCAUCUUUUGCAUCAACCUUUGUGAACAGCAGCUCCCAAGGCCUGGAACAUCUUCGCAUGGAGGCCAUGGCUCAGACUGGUGGAGGAGCCCUGCUCAGUUCCUCAUCACUGGAGUUGGGUGACAGCAGCGGGUCCCAUUUCAGCAGUUCGUCCCCUAUGACCAUAGACGUACAACUUGCCGACAUUACUCACAGUCUCAUGGGAAGCGGUCAGCUAGCUACAAUCAACCAAACGGAGCUGGCGAUAGGCCUGGGAGAAGGCGGACAUCCUGCAGAGUCCUCAGAACAGAAGCCACUGUCACCAACAUCUUCCCCAGCUGGCUCCUUACAAGACGAGGACAUGGAUGACUUCAAGAGGAGCGUGCUGGUGGACUCCCCCAUGUCUCUAUCCUCAUCCUAUCCAGCUCUGCAAUCCUCCAUCACCGUGGCAACAGCCAAAAGGGGCUCGGGGACACCGACCACAUCGCAACCGGUUGCAGUGGUGGCAAAGAAAGGGAGGAAGAAGAAAGACCCAAAUGAGCCGCAAAAACCGGUUUCUGCAUAUGCUCUGUUCUUCAGAGACACUCAAGCCGCCAUCAAGGGCCAGAAUCCAAAUGCAUCUUUUGGGGAGGUGUCAAAGAUUGUGGCGUCCAUGUGGGACAGCCUGGCUGAGGAGCAGAAGCAGGUGUAUAAAAGAAAAACAGAUGCCGCGAAAAAGGAGUACUUGAAAGCCCUCGCAGCUUAUCGAGCCAAUCAGCUGUCACAGCCUGCCUCAGAGGAGGCGGAAGCUGCGUCUUCACCAUCUCCACCUCAGGUCAGCCAAGCUCCCGCCGCCGUCGUCCGUCCGCUAAAUAACCCCGAAGAGAACACCAUCACCAACAUUUGUGCCUCCAACAUCAUUCUGAACGUCCCAGAGAUGGCCACACGGUCCCGCACGGGGGCAAAUAAACCGACAACAGCCGCAGCAGCCCCCCCGGCUCAGGCCAUCACCAAGAUCCUAAUCCCUAAGCACAUGCUGCAGGCAGGGGGUCAGCUCGUCACGCUGCUGCCCGGCGGCGUCCACGGCCUGCAGCCUACCCUCCUGGUAGCGGGUGCCCCCCGCCAGCCGCCGCCCCUGCAGCAGAUGCAGAACGCACCGCCUCCGCCGCCACUCCAGCAGAUGGCGCCGGCGCCGCCACGUUUGCUGGCUAAGCCCCGCGAGGGAGGGAGCGUGCCGGGGCCCGCCGUGACCCUCACAGCGGCCCCUCCGCCUCCGCUGCAGAUAAAAAUAGUUCCCGCCUCUUUUCAGAGAAAGGACACGUUGCCCAUCAUCAUCCCCGCCACAGUGGCGUCGGUCGUGUCUGCGUCCGCGCCUGCGGCCGCCAUGAAGGUGGGGCAGUCUGCUGAGUCAGCAGGUCAGCAAGAUGAGGAGGUGGUCGUCUCAGAGGUGCUGCCCUCAGAAGAGGACGAGAUGGAGGUGAACGAGUCGUGCGAGGCGGCAGCAGCGUGCGUGUGUGUGAGGUCGGGCUGCACCAACCCGGCAGUGGAGAGCCAAGACUGGGAUAAAGAAUACUGCAGCAAUGAAUGUGUGGCCUCCCACUGCAGCGAUAUUUUUAAGGCGUGGUGCUCCAUCAGGAACCAGACCAUGGGAACGGUGAAAUAAAAGACUAUUGGCUGAUGAUGGCGCGCCUUAAUCAAGACGUUGAAGCAUCCUGAAGGUUGUUCGACGCAAGUACACAAACAUUUUUCAGUUUCAGUCGUUUCACACGCUGAUUAUUCUUUUUAUAUACAGUCCCUGUUUUGGAAAUACCGUACUCAAGUUAGAUGAAAAACCAAAUGAGGAACUUUCUAUCUGCUUUUUGUACGCCACAAACUGUUGCCAACUUCACAUUUUUCCGAAUAAAUGAGCACAUAUUGCAUACUGUUAA